AUGGAAGGGUUCAACCACUCCAGAGUGUCUGAAUUCAUGUUACUUGGACUUAUUGAUUCUCCUGAGCUCCAGAUUUUCUUCUUUGUGAUGUUUUCCAUUUUCUAUUUAAUGACCAUGUUGGGCAACUGCCUGAUUUUGUUCAUGGUCUUGUCCACCCCACACCUUCACUCCCCCAUGUACUUCCUGCUCAGCAAUCUCUCUCUCAUUGACAUGUGCCUGUCCUCCUUUGCCACUCCAAAAAUGAUCAUGGGCUUCUUUGCUCAGCACAAGACCAUCUCCUUUGAAGGCUGCACUUCUCAGAUCUUCUUUCUGCAUCUCUUCACUGGCACUGAGAUUGUGCUGCUGAUCUCCAUGUCUUUUGACAGGUACAUUGCCAUAUGCAAACCUCUCCAUUAUUCAAUAAUUAUGAGCCAAAGAGUGUGUGUAGGGCUUGUGAUAACAUCUUGGACAGUGGGCUUCCUGCACUCAAUGAGCCAGUUAGCUUUUACCCUCUAUUUGCCAUUCUGUGGUCCAAAUGUUGUAGACAGUUUCUUCUGUGACCUUCCUUUAGUCAUCCAGCUGGCUUGUGUAGAUAUAUAUGUUCUUGGAAUCUUCAUGAUCUCAACCAGUGGUGUGAUUGCUCUUAUAAGUUUUCUGCUUUUGCUCACUUCGUAUAUAAUUGUUCUUGUCACUUUCAAGGAUCUCUCCUCCCCAGGAUCACCUAAGGCUUUUUCCACCUGCACUGCACAUUUCAUAGUUGUGUUAAUGUUCUUUGGACCUUGCAUCUUCAUCUAUGUGUGGCCUUUCACAAACUUCCUGGUGGACAAAGUUCUCUCUGUUUUCUACACCAUCUUCACCCCCUUUCUGAAUCCACUUAUCUAUACUUUGCGAAACCAGGAAGUGAAGACAGCUUUGAAGAAGAAACUAAGUAACCAAUAUUUAAAUCUUGGGAAAACUACUCCAAGAUAUCCAAUGCAAUGA